GCAGUAUAAUUAAAAUUAAUUAAAUGUGAAACUAAAGUCAUUCUGCGCAUUUGAGAAGCAACACGCGUUAGCAAGCUGACUUUAUAGCUACAGUACUGAACUGACUUCUGUUAACUUGGGGGAGAAGGUUUAAGUCAAGUUGUAUUAAUAUAUUGUUUUUGCAUUUCUGUGUGAAACAUGGCUCCAAAGAAAAGGUCUCGAGCUGCUGUGAAGGUUCAUAAGCAAAGUCAAGCUCUCCAUGACGCCUCUGAUACUGAGGAUGGAGAGGGAGGGCGUCAAAGAAAGAGAGCAUCUGUGAAAAAGAGUUCAGCCUCAGAGAAGCUCAGCCUCACACACACAAACUGGCUGAUGAAGUCUGAACCUGAGAGCAGGAUGGAGAAUGGAGUGGAUGUGAAGUUUGGAAUUGAGGACCUGAAAGCUCUUCCCAAUCAAACAGGCUGCUGGGAUGGAGUGAGGAAUUAUCAGGCUCGUAACUUCAUGAGGGAAAUGAAGGUGGGUCAGCAGGCUUUUUUUUACCACAGCAACUGUAAAGAGCCAGGAAUUGCAGGUAUUAUAAAGAUUGUAAAGGAAGCGUACGUUGACCAUACACAGUUCGACAAGAAAGACGUGCACUAUGAUCCAUCCAGCAAACCUGAGAACCCCAAGUGGAGUAUGGUGGAUAUCCAGUUUGAGAGGAUGACCAAGCGCUUCAUUCCACUGUCCGAGCUGAAGAAAUAUCACCUGGAGCACAAGGCCAGUGGAGGAGCGCUCAGUAACAUGGCCCUGUUCACCAGAGCUCGGCUUUCAGUACAGCCCCUAACCACAGGUCACUUAAACACACACUCAUCAUGCAUGUGUAAAUACCUGGACUGCUAGUUAUAUCCAGUGCACUUCAGAUUUACCCACGUGAUGUCUUUGACUAAACAUUUUAAUAAAACAAUAUGUAUAGUCCAACCAAUGCAUUGAGCCAUCCAACCAUCAUCUACAGUAUACUGCUUAUCCUGUGUAGAGUCACAGGGGGGCCUGGAGCCUAUGGUGGGAUAGGAUACCACGUGGAUGAGGUGCCAGCCUAUUGCAAGCCACAAGCACACACGCGCACACCCACACAUACUGUACUACAGGCAGUUUGGUAACACCACAUGCAUUUAGGCUGUGGAAUGGAAGGAAACCCAACAAGCACCAGGCGUCCAAACACUUGUUUACACAAUUUUUUUUUCUUUGGUUAUAUUGGUUGCAGUGUCUCACAUCCUGACUUUUGGUUUUGUCUUUUCUUUUCAGAGGAAUUUGACUUUGUCUUAAGUUUGGAAGACACGGACCCAUUAUAAGGACAGAAUCUACUACAAGUUAUAACAUGAUUUUUUUUUUUAAAUGUUGAACUUUAAUGUACAUACUGUAAUAAACCAAGCCCUGAAUUAA